UUAAAGUAGAUUUAGUUUUUGAUGGACAUUGCUCCAGUUAACAUUGGCAAUAUGUCAGAGAAAGUUAUUUUAGCAUAUUCCGGCGGUCUUGAUACAUCUUGUAUUUUAAAAUGGUUGUUAGAAAAAGGAUAUGAAGUCAUAUGCUUAAUGGCCGAUGUUGGGCAAGAGGAAGAUUUUGAAGCAGCCAAACAGAAAGCCCUUAAAAUAGGCGCUACAGACGUAAUCGUCAAGGACGUGAAGGAAGAUUUUGCUAAAAAUUAUGUAUGGCCAGCAGUACAAAUGGGUUUGAUUUAUGAGGAACGUUACUUGUUAGGAACAUCUUUGGCCAGACCGUGCAUAACUGUGGCAUUAAUUGAAGCAGCUAAGCAGUACAAUGCCAAAUAUUUGUCACAUGGUGCUACAGGUAAGGGCAACGACCAAGUAAGAUUUGAGUUGUGUGCUUUUGCUUUAAUGCCAGAGAUAAAGAUUAUUGCUCCCUGGAGAGAUGAAGAAUUCUGUAAGCGUUUCCAAGGUCGUUUGGAUUUAAUUGAAUAUGCUAAAUUGCACAACAUACCAGUAACCGCUAAGCCAUCUACACCUUGGAGUACUGAUGCCAAUGUUCUACACAUCAGUUAUGAAUCGGGAGUUUUAGAAGAUCCCAAUCAUAUCGCUCCUGAUACUCUCUACGAAUUGACUAAAGAUCCCUUAACUCAGGCUCCCAAGACACCAUUGAGAAUAAAGAUAACGUUUGAAAAAGGAUUACCAGUAAAAUUAAAUGACAAGGAGCAAAAGCCACUAGAAAUGCUUAAAUAUUUGAAUCAAAUUGCCGGCUCUUAUGGCAUCGGUCGUAUUGAUAUUGUCGAAAAUCGUUAUGUGGGUCUAAAGUCCCGAGGCGUAUAUGAAACACCCGGCGGAACUGUACUCUUUCAAGCUCAUCAAGAUUUGGAAGUAUUUUGUUUAGAUAAAGAGGUUUUGCGUUGCAAACAAUAUCUUAGAGAUCGCAUGACCGAUUACGUGUAUAAUGGUUUUUGGUUUAGUCCUGAAGCAAAUUAUGUUCGUCAAUGUUUAGAGUUAUCGCAAACCAAUGUUUCCGGCCAUGUCAUCAUCGAAUUAAGACCUGGCUACUGUCAAGCUAUUGCUAGGGAAUCAUUAUGUUUGAAAAAAUCAUUGUACAAUCAGGAAUUGGUUUCCAUGGAUGUCCAUGGAGGCUAUGUACCACGAGAUGCAUCCGGUUUUAUAGCUAUUAAUGCAGUACGCCUUCGAGAACAUGUUAGAGCAUUUGGUCCUUAUGAAAUUAAAAAAUAAUUUAAUGCUGAAUUCUCUACACGUACUCUUUAUUACGAUCUGUAUCUUGUUUGCGAAUAAAAAUAUAAAUACAUAAAUAUCAAUAUUUAUAAGAUUUGUCAAAUCUUUAUGAAUGAGGUACUGGAAAACCCACAUUAAUAACAAAUAAAACACUGUUUUCUUAAGUUCUUUUCAUAAAA